UACCCGAGCGCACACAUAGCCUAUUGUUCCUCGAAAUAAGCAUGUUCUUACAUGAUGCUUUGAAUUCAUUUUAUGCAGCUCAAGAUCGUAGUUUAUCUUUCGACUGCUGUUCCUUCAAACAGAUACCUAGCUUUUCCAUAUUAUAUUAUCAUCUGGUUAAUAUUAGAAUACCUUCUAAUCAGAAAUAUGUCUACAGGAUAGGAGCGUGGCCCUAACAAGUCUUGGGGAUAGUUCAACAGAACUGCCUUUUAGGACUUUGGUUUUCCAGGUCUGACCGGAAGAAUUUCAACAUUGUUAUGAAAAUCGGAAUGAUUAACGACCAUUUAACAAUCUGAAGGAAAUGAGUGUUUGGAAACUCCCUCUUGGUCUCUCACCGCCCCGUCGCUACACCAGGUAGGCUACACUAGGAUUUCACUUUGGAAGCGACGUCAUUCGGAUCACAGAUGUGACCGCGGCUUCAUACCCCAAACAAACAGAGUUUGUCCUUUCAACCCGAGGAGGACUCCCGCAUUGGGCUGGUGACAGCCAUGGCCGAGUCCCAGCUCAUGUGUAUGGAAGACGGCCAGAUCCGUCCGGCGGUCCCGGAGAACAAGCCGGAGUUUUACUACAGCGAGGCUCAACGCGCCGCUGUUGAGGAGCUCCUGAAGAACGGAGACGGGGCUUUUAAAACUCGACUGAAGGAAGACAAGGCCAAUGACUUUUUGUCCGCGCGGGAGGUUAAGUAUUUGCUCGCCAAUUUUAAAGACAACACAAAUGCCGACGCUCAAAGUACAGCGUCCCCCGCAAAGGCGGAGGGUUCCAGCGGGGAUUCGGGGCUCCACUCAACGUAUUGGCCCCAGAUGUCUGACACUGACGUACCUCCGUUGGACAUUGGCUGGCCCAGCGGUGGAUUUUUCCGAGGAGUGACCAGAGUAGCGGUGCACACGCACCCACCCAAAGACAAUGGACCGCACAUCAAGGAGGUUGUACGCCGAAUGAUCCAGGAAGCCAGCAAGGUGGUUGCCAUAGUGAUGGACCUGCUGACGGACCUGCACAUCCUGCAGGACCUGAUGGAGGCGGCGUCUCGGCGCUCCGUCCCCGUCUACAUCCUGCUGGACGCUAGUGGCAUGCCUCACUUCCUGGACAUGUGCUGCAGGCUGCAGAUGGGAUCACAGCACCUGCGGAACAUCCGCUGCAGAACUCUACAUGGGUGGGGGCUGACCAUGUCCUGUGGUACGCUCCCUGGCACACUCUCCAACAAGUACAUGCUAGUGGACGGAGAUAAGGUGGUGUUCGGCUCGUACAGCUACGCCUGGAGCUGCUCCCGCAUCGACCGCAACAUGAUCACGGUGAUGACGGGUCAGGUGGUGGAGGCCUUCGACCGGGAUUUCCGCGAGCUCUACGCCAUCUCGGCCCUGCUGGACCUCUACAAGGAGCUCAACGUGGCCCGGCCCUCGGACAAGGUGCCGCCCCCCAGGCCCAAGGUGGCCCCCAAGCGCCCGCCCAUCCCCGUCACCACCUCCCGCUUCCAGAUGAGCCUGGACCGCUCACGCAACAACGCCCUCCAGGUGCCCGCGCACAAGUACCACAACCCCAAGUACCUGCUGGCGCUGGGGGGCGUGGCGCCGCCCGCACGCUCCCUCCACGACUUCCUGGCCACCAGCGAGAUGGCCCAGAACAUGGAGAUGGACCCGGGCAGACCCCGGACGACCAGCAGCGAGCGGCUGGACCACCUGUCCCCGCUGCCCUCGGAUGGGCCCCUGGAUGACCCCAUGGAGGUCUUCGGGGGGGACAAGCCCACCCGAAAGCUCACCCUGAGGCAGAGGUGGAAGAGCAGGUUGUCCAGCAGCAACAAGGCCGAGGGCGGGGCCAGUGGGGGAGGUAGUCGGGAGCCGUCGCCGACGCCGACGGAGGAUCAGUCGGGCGGGGCUGGGGCCAAGGCUAAAUCCAAGUGGAGUUGGUUGAAGAAGAAGCCCCCCAAGAGUGAGUCCACGCAGGCCAUCAACGCCACCACGCCGGAUAAUCAAAUUUCAGAGACAGCCACAGGGAGUGGAGCAGCGGCAGGUCCCUCCUCAUCUCCUGAUGUUACUGAGGAGGGAAGGAAAGGUCAGAAGAGCCGAAGGUCCAAAAUGUCCUGUGCCCAGUCGUGACCCGGUGCUACACAGUCAGGUCCCAAAGGGGACCACAUGGAUAUGUAUGGUUGUCUUCUGAACACCACCUCACCCUCAGAAAUGUGGAACGCCAUGAGCACUUCGAAGAACAAGGAAAAAUAGCUAAAACUGGUACAAUUAGUAGUUUACAGAAAUACCCAUGAAAUGCUUGUUCACCCAAAUGGCACUGAUACUUUUUUUUUUUUAUUAUUUUGUUUACAUGCUUGUCCUUAGUGAGCAGGUAGGAAAUAGGAUACUUACAGGUACAAAUGUGAAAUUGGGGUUCAAACACCUAACCUUUCAGCUCAGUAUCAAAUACCCUAACCAAGACUGUCCUCCUAACAGUUAACUUUAUUGGAUGCGACAGUAUCCAUUCUGUAGCCUAGCUUGUCCUGUUGUGUGAAAGUAUGCUGCUUCAGAACAUACUUGUGCUAGAUAAAACUAUAACCUAGCAGACCACAUAUAAUUUACAAUGUUCUACAACAACGAGGGGUUUGGAUAGCUAAUCAUGUGUGGUAGGCCUAGGUCAUCGUUCUGUUCUACGUGUGUGUGUGUGUGUGUGUGUGUGUGUGUGUGUGUGUGUGUGUGUGUGUGUGUGUGUGUGUGUGUGUGUGUGUGUGUGUGUGUGUGUGUGUGUGUGUGUCUGAAAUCUAUUUGGAAGAAAAUUACUUUCUUUUUUUAUUUAGUUGGAUUUCAAAUUCUCAUUGCAUAUUUUCACUAAAAGUUUUGAAUAAAAGAAUGUAACAAUCUUUUAAAUUUCCCAAGCAGUUGCUAAUGUAUUAUUAAUGGCAUACCCUUUGAGUCCAACCUUUUAAAAAAAGAAAUGUUGAGAGCUUGAGAGAAUAAUGUCUGCACUUGACUAGAUUUAACUGGGUAUAUUAUAGAUCCUGAAAAACACUAAAUGCAUGAAUGGACAUGAGCUGAAAUUUCUCAAGACUGAAGCAUAAUCUAGAGGGUGGAGAAAACAUGAAUCAAAUCUAUAUGUAAUAUAAUAUGUAGUAUCAUUAUGCAGUGAUUGGUAAUUGCUUUUCUUUAGGAAAUUCCUUUGCUUGAGUAAAUCCCAGCAGCCGGUCGGGCCAGUGAAACCAAGCUGAUAAAUCCCAUGCAAUUUAUUGAAUCAUUAUGUCAUAAGUUCUACCCACAAUGACGUAUUAUUUCAAAUCCUACAUUAUGUUCCUGCUUAUCUACUAUGACGCCCACGUUUCCUGUCCAAGAUUUAUGAAAUACAUACAAUUUAAAAAUACUUUUUUGGAAAUGGGUCAUUAAACCUUGGUUUGACAUCGA